CAGAUCAAAAUGAGUUUAUUGCAAAGAAUUUUGUUGCUCGUCACAUCGGUCGCCAUUAUUGCAGCUGUUUCAUCACAACCGUUAGUGGAAAACAAUGUGCCAACAGCGCAGCAAUCCGGAAACGAUCUCAAUUUUUAUCUAUUGGAACAAGUGUACGCAAUGAAACCAAAAUUACAAGCAUUGGAGGCUAAAACCAAAGAGAUGGAACUUGAUCUAGCUAUAAAAAAGGAACAGAUAGAGGCUCUGCAGAAUCGUAAAGAAUUUAGAUGUGAAUCUGGGGUCGUUGAGAGAUAUGUUGACACUAAACCCCUCCCUAGCUGGCCAUACACACGGAGGGUAACUUUCCAAACUCCGUUCGAGGCGAAGCCGACCGUGACAUACGGCCUGUAUUAUCUUGAUUCUGUAUCUACCACAAACCUAAGGGUGUCAGCGGAAGUCACCAAUGUUUUCAAAACUGGAUUUCAGGUUCAACUGAGUACUUGGGCUGAUUCACAGUUAUAUGGGGCUAAAAUCAGAUGGAUGGCUUGUGGAAAGUAA